GUAUGGGCACCGAAAAGUCUUCAGCGCGGUUGGUUCGUUGCUGCUGUAAACAUCCGCUACACACAACAGAUAUGUACCGAACUUAUGAGUGGUUUGAAGAGGCAAUCUAAACGCCGAUGUUAUGAGUGACAUCUAUUUAGACAACAAGAUAUCAGGAAAUGACUUGACAUCAACGGGGCCAGAAAGGGCCCCUAAUCAAUUAAUGGGUGAGAGUACCGGUGAGACUAUAAGAAAAGAUGACCAGGAUCUCAAAAGACCAGACUCUGUCACCCAGAUGCAUGCUGCUGCUGUCAAUGGUGACAAAGCCCUGCUGGCCAAAAUCAUUGUCUCGAGUGGACAGGAAAUUGACCAUGGAGACCAAUUUGGAAGAACUCCCUUAAUGUUCACAGUCCUUGCUGAUCGACUUGAAUGUGCUGAACUUUUAAUGAGGGCUGGAGCCAAUGUGAACUGCAAGGACAAAGGGGGUCGGACUGCUCUACACUGGGCAGCCCAUAAGGGUAACCUAAGGAUGCUGAAGUUACUCAUGGCAAAGGGGGCCAGUAUACGAGACAAGGACAAUGAGGGGCAAACAGCUGUACAUCUAUGUACAAGACACAAAUCUCCCAAGUGCAUGGCUCUGUUGCUACGGCAACUGUCACCCGGUGAAAUUGACGACCAAGACAGAAAUAAGAGAACAGCACUUCACUGGGCAGCAUCCUAUGGGAAUAUGGAACAUGUGAAGAUGCUAAUCAAACAGGACUCUAACAUUGGUAUUCCUGAUGUUGAGGGUAAAACACCGCUCCACUGGGCUGCGAGUAGCAGGGACUCGGAAGCUGUGAACUGUGUCAAGACAAUUCUGGACACCACCCCCAGUGUCAUCAACUGGCAGGAUUAUGAAGGAAGAACAGCUCUCCAUUUGGCUGUAGCAGACGGGAAUGAGGCCAUUGUUCGAGUUUUGACAUCAGUGGAGAAUUGCAAUGUGUCUGCAUUAGACAACAUGUUCAGGACACCAUUGCACUGGGCUGCUGUGUUGGGUCAUUCUGCUGUUGUUGCACUUUUACUUGACAAUGGUGCUGAAUAUUCUGUGUCUGACUCAAAUGGUGCCACUCCACUUCAUUAUGCGGCUCAGAAUAACCACCACGAAACAGUAGAAGUUUUCCUUUCUUGUAAAAAUGUAGUGGAUGAGCCUGACAUUGAGGGUCGUUCAGCAUUUAUAUGGGCUGCUGGGAAGGGUGCAGACGAGGUCAUAGGAGUAUAUCUCAAACACAAUGUUGAUAUACAACAGGUGGAUAGUCAUGAAGGAACAGCCCUCCAUGCAUCUGCUUUGUCUGGUCAUGCCUCCUCUGUGAAGCUUUUAUUGGAUCAUGGUGCCCAGAUAGAUGCAGUGGAUCGCCUGAAGCACACUGGGUUGUUCCGAGCUUGUGAGAUGGGGCACACUAGUGUUGUUCAGUCCUUGAUUGAUUAUGGUGCUAGAGUCGAUGUUUUGGAUUUUGAUGGAAGGUCACCACUUCAUUGGGCAGCUUUAGGUGGCCAUUCCUACAUUUGCCAGACUCUAAUCAAGUAUGGUGUGGAUCCAAACAUACGGGAUUACUCAGGGCGUACUCCUCUGCAAUGUGCUGCGUAUGGCGGUUUUGUAAACUGUAUGUCAGUGUUGAUAGAACAUAAGGCCGAUGUCAACGCUAGGGACCGAGAUGGGAUGACAGCUUUACAUUGGGGUUGCAGUAAAGGACACUUAGAUGCUGUCAAGUUACUGAUAGAGUACCAAGCUUUUCCAAAUCACAUGGAAAUGACAGAGGACAGAUACACCCCCCUGGAUUAUGCAUUGAUGGGAGAGCAUCAUGAUGUGGCUCAGUAUAUGUUGGAACAGGGGGCGCUAUCUAUUACGGGUAUUCAGGAUCUCGCUGCUCUCAGCAUCCAGAAAGUGUUCAGAGGUUAUCGAAUCAGAAAGACUUUCUCAGAAAGAAAGAAGUUGCUUAUGAAACAUGAUCAGCUUCGAAAAGAAGCUGCAAGAAAACGAGCUGUGGAGGAAACGAGAAAGAAAGAAGAUAUGAAACACAAAGAGGAAGUCAAUAAUCGCCAAAAGACUGUGUUCAAGGAAAUGGGUCUGGUUGAACAGGAACCUCCUCCAACAGUCAAACAGGAAGAGGUUUUACAGGAAGAAGAAAUGCCAAAGAUAAAAGAAAAGAAGGAGUUCAAACAGAAGAAAAAGGGUGUGAAAUGGCAGAAGUUUACAACAAAACUAAAUAUUAUAAGAAAGUUUGUGAAUGAACCAUUGAAAAACCAAAAGCCAAAUGCACUACCAGCAAUUAAUCAAGGGUUUGCCUGGAGACGAUCAUCAAGGAGAAAAGAACGAGACCUUUCGGAACAGGAAAUUGUCCUUCGUCAGAAAGAAAACCAGAAACAAAUCAAAAGUGCCGAGAAAUCUCGACAACGACAGUACAAGUUAAAACAGAAGGCAGCAUCAAAAAUCCAGAAAGCAUGGAAAAACUACAAAAUGCGACAAGUAGGAAUUCUGAAAGUGGCCAAACAGUCCAUAAGAACCAUGAGGCUGCAAGCGGGAGCUGAGGAGUUUGAGAAGUCUAUAGCUGCUCUGACCAUUCAGCUAGCAUGGCGCAAAUACUACAGGCGAAAGUUACUACGCCAACUACAUCCAAAUAAACGUCAACUUCGUAUGUGGGAUCCUGAAGUCAUAGCCAUGAAACAGAGAGCUCUUGUCAAGUCAGUGUAUGGAGAGAAGGUCAAUGCGCCAUUUUGGCAUCCACAAAAGAGGAAACAAACAAGGCCGUACUGGGCAAAGUGGAUCCCCUCGCCUGCUGCAUUAUCCUAUAACUUUGCUGUGGACAGCUACCAUCCACUGGCCUCCAAGAAAGGAUUCCUACCCACCCCAUUCCUCGAUGAUACUGGGCACCCCAGAGAUUUUGACUGGAAACCAAUUGAGGAUGAAGACUUAGAAAAAAACCUGAGAGAUGUUCGAAUAAGUGACAACCCCUCAAGAAAGUCUGAUGUGGAAGACAUUGAUAUUUUUCAUGAUCAUGAUUUAACUUCAAUACAUCAUCAAAAUCCAUCCGUACAGAAGGGAGGUGUGGGGAAGCCUGAGGGGUGUACCUCCUACCAGAAAGUGGCCAUUAUUGUCCCAUACAGAAACAGAUACUUUCAUUUAAAACUACUGCUCUCUAGACUUCACCCCAUGCUGAGGAGGCAGAACAUUUACUAUCGAAUAUUUGUGAUAGAACAGGCCACAAAUGACAGCUUUAACAGGGGGAAGCUGAUGAAUGUCGGAUUUAAGGAAGCACUGAAGGACGACCAGUUUGAUUGUUUUAUUUUCCAUGAUGUGGACAUGAUCCCUGAAAAUAAUAAAAACAUUUAUCUGUGUGAUGAUCAUGCUAGACAUUUGUCGUCUGCCAUAGAUGAGAUGCGUUACCAUGUAAUGUAUUAUAAUUAUGCUGGUGGUGUUAUAGCCAUGAAGAAAGAUGUUUUUAAAGUCAUUAAUGGUUAUGCCAAUUCUUACUGGGGAUGGGGUAAUGAGGAUGAUGAUCUCUCAGCAAGAAUACAAGAAGCGGGGUAUUUAUUAACUAGGCCGCCAGAGCACAUAGGAAGAUACAAAAUGGUGCGGCACAAAAAAGAGUCCAGAGCAGAAAAUGGGUACGAGCGUUUUCUGGGCUGGAGGGGCAGAUGGUUACAAGAUGGUUUGCACAGUCCAAAAACAAUGACCUAUAAUGUCCUCAGUAAAGCAAACAAUCCACUAUACACCAACAUCACCGUGGAUCUCCUCUACGAUAAAUCCAAGGAGAUCAAUGUGGCUGAGGACACUACAAAGGAAUCUCUCUGGUGGUAUGUGUGUGUAAAUUCACCAACAACAUGGACCAAUUACUGAUGUGUAAAUUCACCAACUAUAUGGACCAAUUACUGAUGUGUUUUUGAAAUUUUACUUUCCAUAAAUUUUCACACUGAGACUGAGAGCAUUUACAAAGCAAAAUGAGAAACUAAUUGGCUUACCCACAGAAAAUUUAGAAAGCAUGUAGGAUGGUGCCACCUGAUAUCUACAAGAGUCCAAGUCUUUCAUUGGAUGUGUUGUAUGAAGUCUGAAAUCAAGUGUUGUUCAAAAUUACACUGCAUAUUUUGUCAAUGCUUUAUACAACAGUGUUAGUAAAUAUUCAUGAUAAAAUGCUCAUCAUUUUCAUGUACAUUGUAUAUUUAGAGAGAUUUUUAUCUUGUCGUAAAAAGAAAGCAUGUUCUCUGAUAGAUUCAUAUGCACAAGUGCCAUCGUAAACUAAGAAAAUCAAAUCAAUACAGAAAUUAUGAUGAAUUUGAAUUUUAAAAAAAGUUUCAACAAUCUCUAGCAAAAAAAGUAGAUAAAAAAACCGGAAAGUAUUUAAUGUGAAAGUACUUUCUAUAAAUGGAUUUGUGAAGACAUUGCCGAACUGUAGUAAAUAUUUAUUCAUAAUUAUAUUGCAGUGUAAUGCCCUUUUCUAAAUAUUAUAAAGGACUGUAUAUGAUAAUAUUCUUUCUUGGCCCAUGUAAACUCGAGGUUCUAAAUCUUUAUGAUUAAAGGAAGACUAAGUCUCUUUUAGUAAAGAGAUGAUACCCAAUACAGUUUCACAUAAUUUGUUCCAAUAUUUACAGUCAGUUGGAGUUCAUAGCAUCUAAAGUGAUGCAAUGUCUUCAUUUUAAUCAGAUUUAAUUAAAAUGUUAAUUUUAGUGAACAUUUUUCUUUUAGAAAACAUACAGUGCAGCUCUGGACAAAUAUCUUUUUUUUUAUCCUAGAAAGAUGACUCUGGUUUAAAUAAAGUCUGUCCAUGCCUGCACUCAGUGUUUUCUAGAAGAAAAACUGGGGGGGAAAAGCCAUUUUAUGUCGAAGUACAAAAGUAGCAAGAUAACAUCAUCUUUAUGAUGUCAUAAUUCUAUUUCUUCAUCGUGAUCAAACAUCUUCGCAACCCAAGUGUCCGAUUCGCUUACUCUUAUCAAUCGGACACUUGGCUUGUGAAGAUGCUGAUCAAAUUGAAAACAACAACUGCAUUGCAUAAGGAUCCUUGCAUAAAAUGCACUUUAUUUUGAAACAAAAGCAAAAAUGUUCAUCCUAGUGGGCAAAUAAAGCCCUUUUCAUACAACUUUAUGUACAUAUGUAACAUUGUAAUGACUUAUCUGAAAUGUACAUUUACUGUUUGAAUGUAUGAUUCAAUGACUAUUUAUUUUACCACAGAAAUUGGUAUGUGAUAUUGCAAGUAAAGUGUAAUUGUACUUUUGUAUUCAAUGAAUAAAACAUUGUCAAACAA